AUGGCGACCAUCGGGCCCGGAACCCCCCCAGCCCCCCCCAUCUCCUGCGCCGCCGGCGGGCUGGUCAAGAUUGUCAAGGAGGCGCACGCCGCCCUCGGCCUCACGCCGGAGGGCGGCCUCAUCCAGCAGACAGACUUCCUGCUGCUCAAGCUCUUCGGGUAG